CAGGAAACUCGGUGAUGUCGCUUCUUCUUUAACACGCCAGGAGACGGGGAAGUCGGGGGGAGACUGAGGGCACAAAACACCGAGAAAACGCAGCAGUCUGGACGCUAUCGGGGCGGGAUUUCCCUGAGCAGUCCAUUCUCCCUUGUUUCUGGGCUUGGUGGUUCAGUGGUCUUCUACACAUGAACAAAUAGAGCACCAUUUCUAAUUUGUGGCGUAAUCUCUCACCUCUUCCACCAAACCACGGCCACAGGUGAAGUGUGUAUGGAGCAGUGUGAGAGCGCAGCGGCUCUGCUGGAGUCGGUCAGAGAGCAGGAGGUGCAGUUUGAACAGCUGACCCGGGCGCUGGAGGAGGAGAGGAGGAGAGUGGGUCUCCCCGCCACCAGCCCCUCGGCCCUGGGUCACCCCCUCCCUCACAUACAGAACGGGCGUUUAGGGGAUGCAGACAUAGAACGUCUGAAGUUAACCGAUUCAUACAUCAACGGCACACAGUACAGGAUGGUGGACCCCGCACACGGCGCUCUAGAUGAGAGCUACACGCCAGAGGAUGACUCCCAGGACGUACGCUCAGUCUUCUCGGAGGACGGAACCGCACGGCGGAUGGAUAAUGGGAUGAAGAAACCAAUUUCGCGCACAGUUCUCCCCACUGAGUCCUUGUCCAUUGAUGGAGGCAUGGCCGUGCCCGGUAUGGGAAUGUACAGCGCCACACUGGACCGUCCUUACAGGCAGACUGGCAUAGGCGACUACCCCACUGCGACAGUUCCCAGGAACUACCACUAUGGGCCUGUAGGAGGAUACGAUGACUACAGAGGCGGUCCACCGUCGGAGGCGUACACAAGCCUGAGCAGGGGCUCGCACAUGGAUGAGCGCUACAGGCCGGUCGAUGGCUACAGAACUCUGGACUCUGGUUACCGGGCACCGAGCCGACAGCAGCUCGACCCGUACGCCGCGCAGCCUCAGGUGGGGCGGGGGAUGAGGGCCAUGGGCUCAGCAAUGGAGAUGCGGUAUGGCCACGGCCACUAUGGUAUGGACGAUGAUCAGCGCAGCGUGGGAUAUGAUGAUUAUGGGAUGGGACCUCCACCUAUGCAUCCUGGAGGCUAUGGUACCAUGCCACGCUUGGGGCCGGGCCCUGGGGGUAUGGACAGACGCAGACUCAGGAGCUGUGAGGACACUUUGGAUGGCGACAUGGGAGGAGGUGAUCCUUAUACGUGGGGUGUUCCCAUGACGAUGGAGAGGGGAAGCAUGGCUUCACUGGACAGUACAUUGAGAAAGGCCCCUCCUGGUUCAUGGAGACAGCCAGAGCUACCAGAGGUGAUUGCCAUGUUAAACUACCGCCUGGACCCUGUCAAGACCAAUGCUGCCGCCUUCCUCCAGCACCUCACCUUCAAAAAUGACAAGGUGAAGUCAGAAGUGCGUCGACUGAAGGGCAUCCCUGCGUUGGUGUCACUAUUGGAUCACCCGGGCAAGGAGGUUCAUCACUCAGCCUGUGGAGCACUGAAGAACAUUUCCUACGGACGAGACCAUGACAACAAGAUUGCAAUUAAGAACUGUGAUGGAGUACCUGCUCUGGUCAGGUUACUCAGGAGAACUCACGACCAAGACCUUACUGACAUCAUCACAGGAACCUUGUGGAACCUCUCGUCCCAUGAUUCGGUGAAGAUGGAGAUUGUAGACCACGCUCUGCAUGCCCUGGCCGACGAGGUGGUCGUUCCUCACUCGGGCUGGGAGCGAGGGAGCAGCGGAGGAGAAGAAAGUUGCAAACCACGACAUCUGGAGUGGGAGACCGCCUUGACCAACACUGCUGGUUGCCUUAGGAAUGUGAGUUCAGAGCGCAGUGAGGCCAGACGAAAGCUGAGAGAGUGCACGGGGCUGGUAGACUCGCUCAUGUACGUUGUCCAGUCACAGAUCAACCGCAAAGACGUGGAUAAUAAGUUGGUGGAGAAUUGUGUCUGUCUUCUAAGGAACCUGUCGUAUCAGGUUCACCGUGAAAUCCCUGGCAGUGAGCGCUUCAUGGAGACUGCACCCGUCAACCAGGGCCCGGCCCCAUCCAACAAAGGAGGCUGCUUUGGCACCCGAAAGGGAAAAGAUGAGUGGUUUUCCAAAGGAAGAAAGGAUGGAGAUGAUGGAAGUGGGGAUCAGGUGGAUAUUCCAAAGAGGACAAUACCUGCCAAAGGUUAUGAGCUCUUGUACCAGCCAGAGGUGGUUCGUGUUUACACAUCACUGCUCAAAGAGAGCAAGAACCCGUCGGUGCUUGAGGCUGUGGCCGGUGCCGUCCAGAACUUGUGUGCUGGCCGAUGGACUUACGGUCGGUAUAUUAGAGCCACGGUGCGUCUGGAGAAGGGUCUGCCCAUGAUGGCAGAACUACUGUCUCAUGGUAACGAUCGUGUGGUUCGAGCAAUGUCUGGAGCUUUGCGGAACCUCGCUAUAGACAACCGUAACGCCGAUCUGCUAGGUUUGCACGCAGUGCCUCAUCUUGUGGCCAACCUGCCGGGAGGCCAGAGUCAGUCUGGGCGCACCCUGUCAGAGGAGACGGUGGUGUCAGUUCUGAGCACGCUGGCUGAGGUGCUGGGCCAAAAUGUGGAGGCAGCAAAGACCCUGCGAGCCUCACAAGGCAUCGAGAGGCUGGUGCUCAUCAACAAAGAUGGCAAGCGCUCUGAUCGGGAGGUGCGGGGAGCAGGUCAGGUGCUGCAGCUCGUCUGGGCUCACAAGGAGCUGCGGAAGCCUCUUGAGAAGGAUGGCUGGAAGAAGACGGACUUCAUGGUCAACCUAAACCCCAGCAGCAACACCACCAAUGGCCCGAGCAGCAGAGCUAACGGCACCUACGAAGACAGCACCACACCGCUGCUGGACAGAGGGGAGAAGAGGGACAUGAUUCCACUGAACGACCUUGGACCUGAGGCCUACUCUACACUGGACCAGAGGGAGAGGAGGCACACUCUGGAUGAGACCACAGACACUUUACCGCGAGGGGUGUAUGGGGGCAGAAAGGGCUCCUUGCCGCUGUUGGACUCCUAUGAUGGUUAGCCCCUAGCCCCUCCCCUCUACCCUUUUCUGCAUGUAACAGCAUGAAAAACUGAUAGUGUGCAUCACCCAGACCGGGCCGUCCCUGCCCUACCACUGCUACUGAGGAGAGAAGACCCCGACACAGCCUCCGCCUGUCUCCUCUUCCCUCUCAACCUCCUUUCAUCCUUUCCAUCACUACAGAUGGGAUCAAAAGAUUGAGGGUUAGUAUCCAAAGAAAGUGGUUGUGUCACAUGCUAGAAGUUUCGUGCCACACACAUACACACCACUUAAUUCAUUCAACUGUAGCAGCAGAAAUACGUUCCUUUUAAAACUUUUUUUUUUUAUGUAUAAGUUAUGAUUCUCUUCUGUAAAGGCAAUCAACUUUGACAAUCAUUUAUUUCUGGUUUUGUCACCCUGCUUGCUUUUAUUUUAUUUUUUUUCUUUAUUUUUUCUUGCUCCUUCUAAAAGUAAUACGUUGUCAUGGUGACAUGUUGCUGCCAACACCCACAUCCUGAUGAAUUUGUAUUUAGAUGUCUGUGUAGGGUAUAUACUGUAUAUAAAAAGAAAAUGGGAUGACUGCAUUAGUUUUGGUUCAUUUAAUUUAAAUUGUCCCUAUUACUGGGAAUGUUAGGAGGUUGGAUGUAUCGGCAGACUGCCUUGUAGAUGGAGAAUGUUUAUGCAGGAUUUAUUUUCCUGUCUAGAGUUAUUUUCUCUCUGUUGGGAUAAAGUACACGACCUGAAAAGAUGGGUGUGUGUGUAUAUUUGUCAAACGCUAAACCUGUGGCUGUGUGUUUGUGUGCGUUGAAAAUGACUAUGGACUUCUUUUGUUCUCAAGUGUGUCUUUGCACAGACCAGACACAAGACCACAUUUUGAUUGUUUAAUUAAUGAUAUCUCGUUGUGAGUGCCCCCCCUUCCUGUGAUGUUUUUUUUUUUUCUUUUUACAUUUUUCCUGAGAGUUUUAUGUUCCUGCUGCCUCUUAAGUUUUUAUAGUUUCAUUUUAACUACCGUAGUGGAAAAACGAGUUUCUGUUACAUUGUCUUGGCUUUUGUCUAGAUUUGGUCAACCUGCCCAGUACGAGUUAAACCUGGUACUGAGAAGUGAAAGUUUGUGCAAACACUAUGUAAACCACUACUAUCGAGCUAUUCCUAUCUUUGCUGUCAAAAAUCCACUAUUCAUUCUGUUUUGUUUUUUUUCCUCCGUCAAAGGAACAGGAUAAUGAUUUGUAGGUGUUAUCCUCUCUUUUAAAGACUGAAUUAUUCUUCCAACCAGCUGUACCAGCACGUCUACAUUCAGUUUGCAGCUUUGCCCCUCAAAAAAAUAUUUUUUAAAAGGCAGUUGAGGUGUUUUCACUCGGAGGAGACUUGUUUUCAGACAUGCAUGGGAGAGAGAUGUUUAAUUUAAAUUGGGAGGUAGACAGAAAAAGCACAUUUUGGUCCCUUUGACCCCCUUUUUUUUUCUUUUUUUUACUUGUGUAUUUUGCUUCCCUUUUUUGUGUCUGCUUUGUAUUUUAUUUUGGGAUUUGUAUGUGGGUAAGAACAUUUAUGCAAUUUGUUCCAGUUUUUAAUCCUUUUACAGCUAAGUUUUUAAACGCAAAGAGACCAAUCCUUUUUUUUUCUUCUCAUUUUUAAACUCUUCACACAUAGUAUAUUUGUACUGUUGCCUGUCCAUGUAAAAUUAUGUACCAUUCAUACCUGCCUUGGCUCUGAGACUUUGCUUUUCCAGUGAAGUAUGUAACUGGUAAUACUGUUUUUUUUUUUUUUUUAAAUAAAGAUCUUUUCUUAGACAAGA